AUGUAUUUAAUGAAGGAUGUUAUUUCAAGAUAAUAAUAAACUUUCAAAAAUAUUAUUAAAGAAAAGAAGUUAAAAGCAAAACAGACUAUAUACUAAUAAAUGAAAUAUUUUUUGCCAAUCUCAGUAUAUAUGAGACAGGCUACUCAGAUCAACUUAUUUUAAUGGCAAAAAUCCAACUAAAGAAGUCACAUUUAUCAGCUAAACAAUGUCAGUAAUAUCCAAUUAAAUAAAAUAUAUACUACUUAAACUCUCUCUAUUGAGUUAAAUAAAUCGUUUAAAUAGUAUAAUAUUCAGAGAUAUAAAAGAAAACUAACUAAAUUCAAUGAUUUUUAAGAAGAGCAUAAAAACUAAAAAGCAUUAAUUACAGUUAUAACCAACCAAUAAAUCGCGCUCUAUAUAAUAUUGAAAGUUAAUAAGAAAUAAUUAAUCAGAAGAAGCAUUCAAAUCAAUCAAUAAACUCCUAAUUUCGAAUCCUUUCAAAAGAGAUGGUGGCAUCAUGCACUGUUUCAUAAAUGGUGA